CCUUGACACUCUUUGCUUGAAGCGAAGCAGCAAUCAGCAGCAGCAGUUCGCCCCGGGCCCCCGGCGGUGUGCGGCGAUGCCGAACGCGGGGCUGCGCGCGUACCGCGAGGUGCUGCGCCUGGUGCGGCGGCUGCCGGCGGAGACGCGGCCCUACUACGCCGAGUACGCCCGCGAGAACUUCGUCAACUACCGUGACCUCUCCGCCGACGACGACCUCGCGGCCCUCCUCCGCCGCGCCUACGCGCACUCGUCAUGGGCCCUCUCCAAGUACUCGAUCGACGCGGAGAAGGCGGCGGCGCGGCUCAAGUCUCUCGGCGACGGCCACGCGGGGCGGUGACGCGCGCAAGGUGUUCGACCCUAUGCCGCUCUACGCCUGAGGCUUCAGUUAGCCUUUAAUUUUGUGCUUGGUUUGGCAGGCGCUUGCAUUACUCCGUCUUGAAUAAAUCUGCUCAAGGUUUUGGUUGCUUUGAUCCCGACUACAAGUUCUAUGGCCAGAUGCACACGUAGUUAUCUUUGUCUGUCCGCCCUUUUUCAAUUCAUUUCAACUUUGCCGGCUUCGUGUUCGCCAUCUUUAUUUCCUUCGUGGUAUCCAGCUACAUGGAUAACGUGCGCUUGAGCUUGAUCCUGGACAUGUUUAUCUUGUGCAUAAGUUCUGGAUUGCCAUAUUCCGGAUCAUAGAUGAGUAUGUUAGGAUGUCAUUUUCUCCGUAACAUUGUUUUUUAUGAAUGAGAAACAAGUUUUUGA